CACCCGCAACUCCUUUUCUGUCUCUUCCCAGUUCUUGGCCCAGUUGAUGGUGUUUCUGAUCAGUUUCGUGAGCUCCGUGUUCUGUGGCCACCUGGGGAAGCUGGAACUGGACGCCGUCACCCUCGCGAUUGCGAUGAUCAACGUCACUGGAAUCUCGGUGGGCUUUGGCUUAUCUUCUGCUUGUGACACCCUCAUCUCCCAGACGUAUGGGAGCCAGAACUUGAAGCAUGUGGGGGUCAUCCUGCAGAGGGGCACCUUGGUGCUGCUUCUCUCCUGCUUCCCCUGCUGGGCACUCUUCGUCAACACCCAGAACAUCCUGCAUCUCUUCCGGCAGGACCCAGCCGUGUCCAGGCUUACCCAGGACUACGUCAUGAUCUUCAUUCCUGCCCUGCCUGCAAUCUUUAUUUACACGUUACAAGUUAAAUUUUUGCUCAAUCAGGGAAUCAUACUGCCCCAGAUCCUCACCGGAGUUGUCGCCAAUCUUGUCAACGCCCUCAUCAACUAUCUGUUUCUCUAUCAACUGGAUCUCGGGGUGAUGGGGUCGGCACUGGCAAAUACCAUUUCCCAGUUCACCCUCGUGCUGCUCCUCUUCCUGUACAUCCUCUGGAGGAAACUGCACCAAGAUAUCUGGGGAGGGUGGUCCCUUGAGUGUCUGCAUGACUGGGCCGGCUUCUUCGACCUGGCCUUCCCCGGCAUGCUCAUGCUGUGCAUUGAGUGGUGGGCCUACGAGAUCGGGAGCCUACUGAGCGGUAUCCUCGGCAUGGUGGAGCUGGGAGCCCAGUCCGUGGUGUAUGAAGUGACCGUCAUUUUGUACAUGAUACCUUCAGGCUUCAGUGUGGCCACCAGUAUCCGGGUAGGGAAUGCGCUGGGCGCUGGAGACAUCGAGCAGGCCAAGAAGUCCUCAACUGUCGCCUUGCUGGUCACAGGAGUCUUUGCUAUAACCUUCUGCGUCCUGUUGUUAAUUUUUAAGGAUCUGGUGGGGUACAUUUUCACUAGCGACCGAGAAAUCGUGGCUCUGGUCGCUGAGGUGAUUCCGAUCUGUGCCGUUUCCCAUGUGUUCGAAGGUCUUGCUUGCACAAGUGGUGGCAUCCUGCGGGGAAGUGGCAACCAGAAGGCUGGGGCCAUGGUCAAUGCCGUCGGGUAUUAUGUGGUUGGUCUCCCUGUCGGGAUCUCGCUCAUGUUCCUGGCCAGACUGAAAGUGCUUGGUCUGUGGUCAGGGAUCAUUAUCUGUGUGAUCACGCAGUGUCUGUGUUUUUUCAUCUUUAUUUCUCAGCUAAACUGGAAGAAAGCCUGUGAAGAGGCUCGGGUACAUGCCAAUGUGAGACUAAAUGUGGCCCGGACUAGGACCCAGUCUGUGGCCCAGCCUGCAGUCUAUCAGAACAUAGCGGUGGUCCCAAGGAACCAGCGAAGAGUGUUAAGGAGAGCUGUUGUACAAAGAGACGAGACUCCAUUGGAUCUGCAAAUGAGCCAAGACGCUAGGAUGACCGGGAGACAGUUGGUGCUGUGGCGUGGGCUCCUGCUCCUGGGGGUCAUUUCAAUCUUGCUCCUAGGGAUUUUACUGAGAGUGUAUAUCAGAGUUGAGGGAUAGGCAAGAGAGAGUCAGGUCGAGCGAUACUUUUUGAGUUUACAAGUAACGCACCGGCCAAGCGGUGGAAAUUUGUUUUCAGUUAAGCAGUUCUACUUUGUGAGUUUACAAGUAACGCACAGGCCAAGCGGUGGAAAUUUGUUUUCAGUUAAGCAGUUCUACUUUGUGAGUUUACAAGUAAUGCACAGGCCAAGCGGUGGAAAUUUGUUUUCAGUUAAGUAGUUCUACUUUUUGAGUUUACAAGUAACGCACAGACCAAGCGUUGGAAAUUUUUCAGUUAAGUAGUUCUACUUUGUGAGUUUACAAGUAACGCACAGGCCAAGCGGUGGAAAUUUGUUUUUAGUGAAGUAGUUCUACCUUUUGAGUUUGCAAGUAAUGCACAGGCCAAGUGGUGGAAAUUUGUUUUCAGUUAAGUGGUUCAACUGUGCCCAUGGCUUUCAAGGAUUGAGAGUUCAAAAUGAUGUUUUCUAAUGAAAAAAGGAACUAAGGUAAAAAAAAAAAAAAACUAUGUUCUAGUCUAAGACAAUGUUUGAAUGAGGAGAUUGAUAAUACCUCAUCCAUCAUUGUCUCAACCCAGGACCACUGUGUACUGAUGGUAUUCAUCUGUGACUUUGAUAUUUCUUCUGCUUUUGUUUCUUUAGAUACAAACGUAUGUACCGAGUGCUUAAGGACUGUUAGCAU